AUGGAUUUGUCCCGGAUCCUCGCCGCGAAUAUCGACGGCCGCACCCAGAACACGCGGUACCGUCAAACACAGUUCCAUCGCCUGCAGUCGGUGCUUGUCGAGCAUGUUGCUGAGAUUCAGGAUGCGAUUCGCGCAGACUCGGGACAUACUCAGCAGGAGAUCCGCGCUGAGGUGGUCCUCGCGCUGCAAGAACUGCGAACGCAUUAUAAAUCCUUGAGCUUGAAGAAGGACUUGGAGGUUGAGUAUCGCAUUGCGCAAGGAAAGGAUAAUGCUGAGAAUGUGGAGGGUGCUGGUAUUGUGUAUAUCGUGCCGUCUACACAUACCCUCUUCUUCUCGGUCAUUUCUGCUUUGACGGCAGCUUUGGCCGCUGGAAAUUGUAUCGUCCUGGAGCUCCCCCAAACAACCAUGGCCCUGCCUGCGCUCCUGCGUCAGAUCCUCCCCGAAGCCCUGGAUCACGAUACCUUUGCGAUCACAAGCCAACGACCCGACUCCUCAUUCCUGAGCAAGGUUUUGCUGGUGGUACAGACCGGUGCAGAUGGAUCCAACGGACUGAUUUCACCCGCCAUUUCACGAAGUGUUGCGAUCGUUGAUCGCACCGGCAAGGUUGCUGAAGCCGCCGAGUCUCUGGUCGCUGCUCGUUUCGCGCUGGGUGGACGGUCACCAUACUGCCCAGAUGUCGUGUUAGUGAAUGAGUUUGUGAUGAAGCCAUUUGUUGAGGCUGUUAUUCAGCAUGCCUCGAAAUACCUCGCUGGAGAGAAUGGUGAGGCUAGACAGGUUUCCACGUCGCCACGACGACCCGGUGUUCUCGACUCUAUUCACAAAGACCGGUCAGCUCGCGUGUUGGUAUCGGGUAGUAACUGGGGAGUGGUUGAGGUGCAGGAUCGAAACUCGCCUCUGUUGAAGAAGAAGAUCGAUGAGAAGGUCUUGGUGGUGCAUCCUGUUACCAGCUUGGAUGAUGCUAUUGACAUCAACUUCAAUGAGAAUCUCACGGCAGUCUAUGCAUUCGCAGCACCUGCUUCAGCCAAGUACCUCACCCAAUUCAUCGACGCCGACAUCUCCUGGGUGAACCAUGUCCCCAGCCACAUGCUGAUCGGUCCCGCCCUCCCCCGAAACACACCUUACAGCCCCCGAACCCGCUACGCAACAUCUUCAUUCCAGAAGCCUCGUCCCCAACUCAUCAACCCAUCCGCCACCGCUCACGCCACGCAUACAAUUCUUGAAAACAAGAACACCGUCAAGUCUGACGCACUCUGGCGUGAGGCAAUCGCCCCUCUCCCUUCCACCAAGCAGCGACCUGGUUUCAAGAUUGGAUUCUUCGAGCAAGGAAUCAUUACUGGUGUUAGUCUCACACUGAUAUCGCUUGUGGCAACGGUGUCGACACUGGGAUACUACACCUGGACGUUUGUGAAGUUGCGUAUUUAG